AUGAAAUUGUAUUCAGUGCACGUUCUGCACAAAGACGUUGGCACCGAGGCCGUUCGUAUCUUCAAAUCAGAAUCCGAUCUGUCGUCGUUCAGCUUUUUUCAACGUGGAUCUGUUCAAGAAUUCAUGACAUUCACGUCGAAAUUGCUCGUUGAGAGAAGUGGUCCCGGAACGAGAAGUUCUGUUAAGGAAAACGAGUAUCUCGUCCACUGUUACGUUCGAAACGACGGACUCUCAGCUGUGUGUGUCGCCGAUUCGGAAUAUCAACAACGUGUCGCAAUGAGUUUUCUCGGAAGAGUUCUCGAUGAUUUCACAUCGAAAGUUCCAGCUGUUCAAUGGCCCGGAAUCAAGACCGAAAAGGACUGUUCCUAUUCUGGACUGAAAGAACUCCUUGACAGAUGGCAGAAUCCACGUGAAGCCGACCCGAUGACACGUGUCCAGGAGGAGGUCGAAGAGACGAAAAUGGUGAUGCAUAAUACGAUUCAAUCGGUUUUGGAUCGAGGAGAGAAGCUCGAUGAUCUCGUCAAAAAGUCCGAGAAUUUGUCGGAUCAGUCGAAGAUGUUCUACACGUCGGCGAGAAAAAUGAACAAGUGCUGCAAUUAUGUCUAA